AUGCCAGUGUCAGAUGUGGGUGUCGCCUCCAAACGAAGCUGCCUCCGUUGCAACGAGCGAAAAGUACGUUGCGACCGAAAUCACCCUUGUGGCCGGUGUCUCCAAGCCAAGCUCGAAUGCUCCUUCCCGGGGAACAAACGGGCGCCGCGGAAACUAAACCGACCUCCAAUUGCAACGAUCUUGGGCCAACUUAAUGAGUUGGAACAGGAAGUGAAGCGGCUACGGGCCUCGUCUGAUACAAAUGACGACAAUCUCAAUUCCACCCAGCAGUCGUACAAUGGAUCAAAUCAACGAGCCCACACGCAAGCCCAAACGCUAGACACGCGACCUUCGACCAGCGGUCGCUUGAGUCGAGAAAAGGGGGACUGCCUUGACCAAACAGAGGAGAGGAUUUCUGAGCUCCAAGUGGUUCGCGACAGAUCAUCGAAUGAGGCAUUAGGUGCUGAUGACACCUCUGAACCCACCACUAGCCGCCCGGCUUUUCCUUUGUUAGGUGUUCCGGUGUUGAGCUCUGAGCCGAGACUUGGAGUGAAGCAUGAUCAUCAGCUGCAGCCCCUACAAGUCCAAGCACUUUGGGGCCUUUUCAAGGAGAAUGUUGCGCCUGUAAUAGCGAUAUUACACAAGAGUACCCUCGAGCCCAUAAUCCUUGAAUCGUGCGCACGGGCUGAACCGAGCCGACCAAUUGCUCUUGAGGCCCUCGUUCAAGCGAUUUGUUUCUCGACCAUAGUUAGUGCAACACCAGAACAGUGUCUGUUUAUCCUUGGCCGAGAUCGCGAUGUGUGCAUUCGGACCUCUCGUCUCGCUGUAGAGCAGGCUCUGGCACAAGCGAACUUGAUCAGCACCCCGAACAUCGAAGUUUUGCAGGCGGCCAUUUUGUUUCUGUUAUGUCUGCGCUGGCUUGAUCCUAGGCUAGCAUGGGCCGAAGCAGCUAUCGUGGUCCGCGUAGCUCAAAGACAAGGUAUUCAUCGCGAGGACCAAGCCUCCGGGCUGACCUCAUUCAAUAUCGAAAUGCGACGCCGGCUGUGGUGGCAUAUUUGCAUUCUUGAUUUUCUCUGCUCCGAAGACCAGGGAACCGACACCCAAAUCCGACCGGAGAUGUUCAAUACCAAGAUUCCGUCGAAUGUCGAUAUCGAUGACCUUGCGCCAGACCGGAGCAUCCCGUCACCCCCACCAGCAGGGUUUACCGAUAUCACAUUAUGCAUCAUCCAAAGUGAAAUAAUGCUCAAAUUGUACUGGCCUGGCAUCAAUCCGAACUCAGAGGCCGCCCAGUCACCCGUGACCGAGCGAGAAAACGUCUUGUGUUCACUAGCGGCCCGCGUCGAGGGGCAGUAUUUACAGCAAUUCAACUUGGACGUCCCGAUACAAUGGCUGACGGCUGUCAUUACUCGCCUUUCCUUAUCCAAAGUGCGGGUUAUCAGCCUUCUCAAAAACACCACGGCGGGCGAAGUACCAGUUGCCACCAAGGAUGAGAUAUUCGACAUGGCGGUCGAGAUCGUCAAGUUCGCCAACCUAAUAGAGAAGAAUGAGCCGACGGCACAAUGGGCGUGGGUUUGCAAAAGCUACAAGCAACGGCACGUGGUCGCAUUCAUCCUUUCCGAGCUUUGCGUUCGUCCCAUUACGCCUGAAACGAAUCAGGCCUGGGAAAUCACGACAGAGAUGUAUAACCAGUGGAAACAAGAAAAUCAUGAUACCGAUGCUGCUUUUCAGGAUAGCCUGUCUCGUUUGAUGGAGCGCGCCAGUGCAUCCAGGCGGAGAAAGAUCGAGUCUCUCAAGGCACCCCCUGACGAUCGUACUUCGCGACCUGUUCCGCGGUCCAAUAUUUAUGAGCACCAUCCGAUUGCGGCAGUAGCUUCUGAUAUGGAUUUUCAGCAUUCAAGCAUGCCUGGUACACCGAGGAUAGAUGAUCUUUUGGACAACGAAUUCAACUUCUCGGCAAUAGAUUGGCUAUCGGCGCCAUUGAUGUGA